GAACUGCUCUACUGCGGCGCGACCGAUUUCGCGAGCGUCGGACGACAGAAGACGAACGAAUCCGGCGCGCACGCCGACCUCGUCGAACCGCAUCGCUACGCGACGCUCGCGGAUAAAACGUGGACGCGCGUCGCCGGCGGCGCGGCGGCGACGCACUGCGCGGCGAUCGAUGACGAGGGACGAUUGUACACGUGGGGACGGAACGAGCGGGGACAGCUCGGACACGGGGAUUACGUGAGCCGAGGGACGCCGACGCGAGUGGAGGCGCUGGGGGAGACGCGGUGCGCGAGCGCGGCGUGCGGGAAGGGACACACGGUGGUGGUGUGCGAAAACGGGGACGUGUACGGCUUUGGAUCGAAUAAGUUUGGACAGUUGGGAUGCGGGACGAUGAAGAAACAGAUGAAGAAGGGGGACGCGGAGGAUGAUAAGUUGACGCCGGUGAAGGCGCUCGUGACGAACGGGAAGAGCGCGUCGUGCGGGGCGGAGUUUACCGCGGUGGUGACGCGCGAUGGGGAGGUGUUCACGUACGGUUUGCCGCAAUACGGCCAGCUUGGACAUGGGACUGAUCACGAAUAUAACACCAGUGCGAGUUCUAUUAAGAUUGUGUACGAACCGCAACCGCACCCGAAGCGCGUCGUCGCCAACGGCUUCGGCGAACGUAAAAUCGUUAAACUCGCGUGCGGGACGAAUCACGUCGCGUGCUUCGACGAUGCCGGCAAAAUUUGGACUUGGGGGAACGGUGGUUACGGCCGUCUCGGUCAUCGCGUGCAGAAAGAUGAAUUCGCGCCGAAAAUGGUUGAGAUUCAAGGCGGCGACCGCAACCUCGUUCCCGCGGACGCCGUCCUCGGCGCCGGGUCGACUUCGACGUUUGUCUCCGCGUUACAGGGACAAAUGUACGCCUUCGGUAAACUGAAAACGACUGGUGAUAACACCAUGUACCCGGUUCCGCUCAUGGAUCUGCAAGGUUGGGUAUUGCGCGACUUCGCGUGCGGUAGCGUCACCUUCGCGGGGUGCGCUGAAAAGUCGGCCGUGACGUGGGGCGGAGGCGCGUACGGCGAACUCGGGUACGGGCCCAAGGGAAAGAAAUCCAGCGCCAAUCCCGAUUUGGUGCCUUCUUUGGAGGGUAAGACGACGCGUCGCGUCGCGUGUGGGAACGGCUACACGCUUUUCCUGGUCGAUAAGGAAGACGCCAAGGAU